CCCGCACCCCGCGCAAACGGCCCCCGCAUCCCCGCGCAACAGGCGAAGGGAAGGCGACAAAAGGGACCUUGUGCCUUUAAGGCCUCCUGCUUGGCGAUCCCGGUCAGGAGCGCACGGAGCGGGGCGAGCCUUGUGGAUCCGGGCUAGAGGGCGUUUACUCUGGACAACGCGGGGAGGAGGGGACGGGCCCAGAGCGGGCGGGCGGGCAAGCAGGAAUGGAGAGGAGGCGAAAGCGGAGAGGGGGGCGCACGGUGUAAACAGAUAGCGAGGGGCUGCAGAAGGAUCUGCUUGCCAGAGAUCGCUGCUUGCUACACCCCCCCGCCGCCCCACCCGCCGGAGAGGAGGGCCCUGUCGUGCCCAGAGGCGGCCCAGCACCCGGAGUGAAUGGGCGAGCUAAGCCAGAGGAGGGACCAAGCUGCCAGAAACUAGCACCGCUGCUCCUCCUGCCCCAAACUUUCCCUGGCCUCUGAAAUCUCUCCUGUUGCGCCCUGGGCAAAACGCCACACCGUUUGGAGAAGAGGAAGGGCACAUUGCAGAGAGAGCAGCAGAAUGGCGAGCUGGAAUUAGUGGACUGAGUUUGGACUGAGCUGUGCCCAUAUAGUUCCUUUCACCUUGUGUUCUGGAUCUUUGAUGCGUGGAUCAGGUGAGCCAGCAAGUGUCGGAGACCAGUGGGGUCUGAUCUGAACUUCUGGAGUUUUCUGGACUGCGUAAGGAAGGCUGCGUAUCGUAGGCUGUGUUCACUGUUGCCACUCAAUGUUGAAGAGGAAAUAAGAGACGCCCCUCACUGCUGCUGCUUUGCCUUCCCUGCGGGGAUCCAUGUCGCCUCCUCGUGUCCAGUUCCCAGCGGCCUUCCAGUAUGUCCUGGUUUAGCGGCAUCCUGGUGCCCAAAGUGGACGAGCGGAAGACUGCUUGGGGGGAGCGCAAUGGGCCCAAGCGCCACCGCCCAGCACUCUGUGGCCCUCGCUACAUGAGUUGCCUGCAGGACCCGGAGCUGGAGCGCGGAGGCAGCGGGGGACUGGGCCUGAACUGUUCGUGGCAGGAGGACCACUAUGGCAAGAAGGCGCCGCCGCCACCCCCGCCUGGCACUGGGGACCUGGGACUCAAAGCCGUGGACCUGGGCUUUGAGGACGGGGGCGGAGAGGCCAAGGGGCUCUCGGCCAGCGACUGCGGCCGGCGCCUGCUGCAAGUGUUCCGCUCCAAGCGCUUCCGUUCGGCCAAGCUGGAGCGGCUCUACCAGCGCUACUUCUUCCAGAUGAACCAGAGUUCGUUGACGGUGCUCAUGGGAGUCUUGGUGCUGGCUUGCGGCAUCAUGCUGCUGUUCCACUGCGUGCCUGGCACCCCCCGCGUGCCCUAUGCCGCCGCCCUGGCCGUGGCGGCCGCCCUGUUCCUCUCGCUCAUGGUCCUCUGCAACCGGACUGGCUUCCACCAGGACUGCAUGUGGGCCGUGAGCUACCUGGUCAUUGGGGCGUUGUGCGGGGUGCAGGCUCUGGGCACUCUCCUGGUCUCUCCACGCAGUGCCUCCGAGGGCGUCUGGUGGAGUGUCUUCUUCAUCUACAUCAUCUACACCCUCCUGCCCGUCCGCAUGCGGGUGGCGGUCCUGGCUGGAGCCUUGCUGUCUGUGCUGCACCUGGUAAUCUCCUGGCACCAGAACAGGGCGGACUCCUUCCUUUGGAAGCAGCUUGCAGCCAACAUUUUGAUAUUCCUGUGUACCAACGUCAUUGGCAUCUGCACCCACUACCCGGCUGAGGUGUCGCAGCGCCAGGCCUUCCAAGAGACCCGGGGCUACAUUCAGGCACGGCUACACCUGCAACGUGAAAACCGCCAGCAGGAGCGGCUCUUGCUAUCAGUGCUGCCCCAGCAUGUUGCCAUGGAGAUGAAGGAGGACAUCAACACAAAGAAGGAGGACAUGAUGUUCCAUAAGAUCUACAUCCAGAAACAUGACAAUGUCAGCAUUCUGUUUGCUGACAUUGAGGGUUUCACUAGCCUGGCGUCCCAGUGCACAGCACAGGAACUGGUCAUGACACUGAACGAGCUUUUUGCCCGUUUUGACAAGCUGGCUGCGGAGAAUCAUUGCCUCCGCAUCAAGAUCCUGGGGGACUGCUACUACUGUGUCUCUGGACUUCCAGAACCGCGGGCGGAUCAUGCCCAUUGCUGCGUGGAGAUGGGCGUUGACAUGAUCGAGGCCAUUUCGCUGGUGCGUGAGGUGACGGGGGUGAAUGUGAACAUGCGUGUCGGGAUCCACAGUGGGCGUGUACAUUGCGGAGUGCUGGGGCUACGCAAGUGGCAGUUUGACGUCUGGUCCAAUGAUGUCACCCUGGCCAACCACAUGGAGGCUGGUGGCAAAGCUGGGCGGAUCCACAUUACGCGAGCUACGCUGCAGUACCUGAAUGAGGACUACGAAGUGGAGCCAGGGCACGGGGGCGAGCGCAAUGCCUACCUUAAGGAGCACAACAUCGACACCUUCUUCAUCGUGGGCUGCAGCCAGAAACGAAAAGAGGAGAAGGCCAUCUUAGCCAAGCUGCAGAGGGCCCAGGCCAAUUCUACCGAAGGACUGGUGCCUCGCUGGGUGCCUGAGCGCUCCUUCCCCCGGACGAAGGACUCGAAGGCGUUCCGACAGAUGGGUAUUGAUGAUUCCAGCAAAGACAACCGAAGCACGCAGGAGGCCCUGAACCCUGAAGAUGAAGUUGAUGAGUUUCUGGGCAGAGCCAUUGAUGCUCGAAGCAUUGACCAGCUGCGCAAGGACCAUGUCAAACGCUUCCUGCUCACUUUCCAGAAGCCAGAGUUGGAGAAGAAGUAUUCGAAAAAGGUGGAUACCCGCUUUGGUGGCUACGUGGCUUGCACCGUGCUCGUCUUCUGCUUCAUUUGCUGCAUCCAGAUUGUCAUCUUCCCGCACUCCCCUCUGAUGCUUGGCGCCUAUAUCAGCAUCUUUGUCAUCCUGGCCACCAUCCUUUUUGUCUGUGCCAUCUACUCCUGCCUUGGCCCUUUUCCAGCCGCCUUGCAGCGUGUCUCCCGCAAGAUUAUCCAGUCCCGAAUGAACAGCACGAUUACUGGUGUUGCUGCCAUCCUGCUGGUCUUCAUCUCUGCUUUUGUCAACAUGUUUGCUUGCAGCCGGCUCCGCCUCCAAGACUGCGCUGCCGGGUUUCUCAACAUUACUCCAGCUGCCGUGGGGCCCUGCCACCUACAUGCCCUCAACUACUCGUUGGCAUCAGACACUCUGCCCUGCCAGGGAAAUGGUGCUUCUAGCUGCAGCUUCCCUGAGUACUUCACUUACUCGGUGUUGCUGAGUCUACUGGCUUCCUCUGUUUUCCUGCACAUCAAUAGCCUUGGGAAGCUGGCGUUGCUGAUAGGGAUGGAGGUGGUGUACCUGGCUGUGGCCGAGGGCCCCCAGGGGGUGUUGUUCAACAACUACGACCUGCUGGUGGCUGCUAAUGCCCUGCCAGCCUUCAAUGAGACCCACAGUAGUCAAGAUUGUUCUGCCGAGGGGAAAGUGGCCCUACAGUACAUGACACCUGUCAUCUUGCUGCUCUUUGCUUUGGCACUCUACCUGCAUGCCCAGCAGGUGGAGUCUACGGCCCGGCUGGACUUUCUCUGGAAACAACAGGCUACAGGUGAGAAAGAGGAGAUGGAGGAGCUCCAGGCCUACAACCGUCGGCUGUUGCACAACAUCUUGCCCAAAGAUGUGGCCGCUCACUUCCUGGCCCGCGAGCGCCUCAACGACGAGUUGUACCACCAGUCGUGUGAAUGUGUCGCGGUCAUGUUUGCCUCGAUCAGUAACUUCUCAGAGUUCUACGUGGAGCUGGAAGCCAACAAUGAAGGGGUUGAAUGUCUGCGGCUGCUUAAUGAGAUAAUUGCCGACUUCGAUGAGAUUAUCAGUGAUGAGCCAUUCAGGCAGCUGGAGAAGAUAAAGACGAUUGGCAGUACCUACAUGGCGGCUUCAGGGCUGAAUGACAGCACGUAUGACCGCGAGGGGCGCUCCCAUAUUACAGCGCUGGCAGACUACGCGAUGCGGCUCAUGGAGCAGAUGAAAUAUAUCAACGAACACUCAUUCAAUAACUUCCAAAUGAAAAUUGGGCUAAAUAUUGGGCCAGUAGUGGCUGGGGUGAUUGGCGCCCGAAAGCCGCAGUAUGACAUUUGGGGCAACACGGUGAAUGUCUCUAGCCGUAUGGACAGCACUGGUGUCCCUGACCGUAUUCAGGUGACAACUGACCUAUAUCAGGUAUUGGCAGCCAAAGGUUAUCAGCUGGAGUGCCGUGGGGUCAUCAAGGUCAAGGGCAAAGGCGAGAUGACCACCUAUUUCCUGAAUGGAGGCCCCACCAGUUAGCAAGAAAAGAGCCUUUGCUUAACAAAGGGACCUAUUAAGCUGGGCUCAGUCAGGCACCAUGGGGUUGAUUGGCUCUCUGUCUUUCUCUCUUUGCUCUGGAUUUUGGAACACACCCUCCUAAAAAGGGAAAAACCCCUAUAGCUUCUGAAAUGGGAUCCUUGAUAGUCUUGGAAACAGAAGAGAUGUCAGGGGGGUCGCUUUACCCCAUACAAGACUUAUUUUUUAUUUAUUUGGAGCAAAGCCUAACUUGGAGUGCCUCCUUUUGGGCCCGUGUGGGUGCUAUUUUGGGGUAAAGUUUGUUGUGAACCUUCUGCCGCUCUUGGGAUCGACCAAAGGACCUGGUGAAGGGAGGUUGCAGUAGGGGUUAGAAGACCCCACCCUUGUCUAUCUGUGGAUCCAGAAAGCUGACAUUUUGAUUUUAUUGUUGAAGGGAGGCUAUACCCUUUUCUUUCUGCCCCGCCUCCAACCUGAAGCAUUGCUCGGAUGUUUUUUGAGCGGGGCUCCAUUUUUCUCAUGGCGCCAUUUUGCUGAGACUUUCCAGAAGCGCAGCGACGGCACUUUUCUCUUGGGGGAGGUGACUUUCCCCCAGUGUGUUUUGUUGGUCACAUCUCUCAGCAAACACCCACUCUGUCUUUUUGUUCCUGUGUGUGUGUGUGUGCCUUUCUCUCACACACAUAACACGCUCUCACAAACUCACUGUGAUGUUUGGGAAUCUCUCUCUCUCUCUCUCUCUCUCUCUCUCUCUCUCUGUCUGUCUGUCUCUCUGAGGGAUUGUCAUUUGGGGUACAGUUCUCAGUUGCCAAAUUGCUAUGUCUGGUUGGAAUGAAGGGGAGUGAUGACAAGCACUUGGGGUGCUUUGAGAGGGGGGAAAUGGGACGGUGGCUGGGGGUUGUGGUUUUGAUGCCAAAGAGAUGGGAAGGAAACAGGCCUUCUUUCCCCUGCCUCCCCCGCCACUCCAUCUCCUGUAAUAGCCAGAGAACGAGGUUUUGCUGCCCUGUGGAGAUGCAAACCUGCCUUAGGUGCCUGAAGUAAAGGGGACGGAUUGCUUUGUCGGCAGCCCUCCUCUUCCACCUUUCUGCAGACGGGAGCUUCUUCCCUACUCACUUGGGACCCCAAAAUAAAGAAGUAGAAAUUAUUUAACAGGAGCUGGAAUUGGCAGACAGAGCAAGCUCCUUCCUUCUAGCCCACUCUCAUGGAUCUUUUGCUAUUAAGUGCCAUGCCUCUUCUCCACUCACCCCGCCCCCUGUUUUAUCCAUCUUUUAGGUUUGGUCAAGUUGGUUCUACUGACCUUGAUUCUGGGGGUUGUGAGGGUAUUUCCCCGUCUUUCUCAUACAUAUUAUAUAUGUAGCUCCAGAAAAAAUAAUAACGUUCCCGCCCCCCUUCUGCUCUUUAUUUCAGAUGUUGGAAGGCUUGAGGGUGGGUGUGCUUAUCCUAAGCAAAGUGGACUUCCACAAAUUUGGGGUCUGGCUGCCCUAGUGAAUGUUUGCUCUGACCCUCCUGACUGGCAGGAAACACGGUAGAUGACAAAAUCAGCUAAGUGAGAGCUCUGUGUUAAUUGCCAGAUUUAAGUUGGCGAGAACAUGGCACUGAGGUGGAAGAGGAGAAGACCCUUGGCUCCUUUUAUUUUUAUUAGCCUAGGUGGGUGGGAAGGGGGAUCUAUUUGCACCAAAGUACUAACUGGUCAUAGGAACUUCAGAAACCAUGUG